AUGGCCGCUUCGUUCCCCGCUUCCUCGUCGCCGUACACGCGGGCUGUGGUGAGCUCCAUGCGCAAGCUCUACCCCGAGUCUCUCGCCGAAAAGAGCUUCGAUAAUACAGGCCUCCUCCUCGAAGCGCCUUUCGAUCAUGAACGAAGACAGAGAAACUCCGUUCUUCUAGCCAUUGACCUUACCAAGGCUGUUGCCGACGAGGCCAUCGCACGCAAGGACUCGGUAGUGGUCGCAUAUCACCCGAUCAUCUUCCGCGGACUCAAAUCCCUCACCCUGAACGACCCCCAGCAACAAUCCCUCCUCCGACUCGCCCAAGCAGGCAUCAGCGUCUACUCCCCGCACACCGCGGUCGACGCCACCCCCGGCGGCAUGGCCGACUGGCUCUGCGACAUCGUCACGGGCGCCAUCGCCCCCUCCAUCGACUCAACGCCCUCUAUCCAAAAGUCCUCGUCCACCCAAUACUCCCAGCCUGUAAUUUCCCAACCCGGCUCUGUCCGCCCCGCCUCCGCGCAACCCCACGUCCGAACGACCAUCCACCCCUCCCCGGCGCCCGUCCCCGAGGGCAUGGAAUCCGCCGGCAUGGGCCGCCUCGUCACCUUCGACACGCCCCAGCCCCUCACGGCCGUCGUGGACCGCAUCGCCCAGGGCACCGGCCACCCCGGCGGCAUCCCCAUUGCGAUCCCGCAGGGCGCGUCCGUGGAGACGAUGAAAAUCCGCACGGUGGGCGUCUGCCCGGGUUCCGGAUCUAGUGUCCUGCUUAAGGCGCCUGGCGGGAUCCCUGAUCUGUUGUUCACCGGCGAGCUGAGCCACCAUGAAGCGUUGGCGGCGAUCGAGCGUGGCAAGGUGGUCGUGGCGCUGGCGCACUCGAACACUGAGCGCGGGUACUUGCAUGCCGUGAUGCGCGAGAAGCUGGCCGAUGCCGUGCAGAAGGAGUGGGAGGUUACUCGGUCCGAGGGGUUGAGGACUUUGGGUGACAAGGGGGAGGAUAGUACGGGGGUUGUGGACGCCUUGCAGAAGGCUUAUGGGGAUGCGGAGAGCUUUGUGGAUGUGAGUGAGCGGGAUCGGGAUCCGUAUGGGAUUAUGAUCCGACAUGUCUGA